CAAUGCCUGGGUGCUUUUCAAGAGAAACAACUGUCCUGGAUGAGGUCCAGUUGAAUGUGCCAUUGGAUGAUGUGCCAGAUGUUCCACAGCUGCCAGUCCUCCUUGAUGUCCAGAAUGCUGCUAUCAUCCUUGAGGAUGUGCCAGAUGUGCAGACUAUCCUUGAGGAGGCCACUGGCAAUUGGCAGUUGAUUCCGAUUAGGUUCAGCCCCCUGUACUGUGGGCCUGUUGUGAUCAGGAACAAUGCCGGUUCGGUGGUUAAAGCUUGGAGAACUUUCCAGUUCAUCAGCCCCAUCAUCACCUACAUGCGUGGGGGAUCCCAGCAGGUGGUGGUGAGGAUGCACCACGUGAGUAGGGUGAGAGGCCUGGAGACUCAACUGGUGUGGGCCAUCUCCAAGGAGACAGCCAGGCUUAGUCCAGAGGGCAUCCCCUACUGUGCCAACAAAGUGCAGUCCAUCACUUGGAUCCAGCGUGUGGCUGGCAGGGUGAUCCACUAUGCGUCUCACCUCCGCCACAAGACGUCUGUGGACGUGACGCUUGGCUGCUACCAGAUGAUUUUCCACGACAAUGUCUCAGUGGUGUACGCCACUCUCCACAUGGGGCUGGAUGGGCUUCUCUCCUCUUCAGCGUGGUCGGAGGCUUCCUCCUUCUCUACGCCCACCACUCAGCAGUUCACUGACCCAGACCCUGAGGGCCACAACUGA